AGUCGAAUUCUACUUCUUAUCUCGUUCACAUCUCAUUUUAAGCGAUUUUUUUCGGGUGACAAUCAAUUCGACUCGUGCCGUUUUAAUGUCAUAUUUGGGAUCUGCCCCUUAUAAAGCCAACCUAUCCAAAAUACUUCGUGGCGAUAACAUCACUUUCGAAGGCAGAAUACAAAAUGACUGGCGAACAAAACAGGCGAUUUUCGCUCGCCUUGCCGAUCACUUUGCCUGCUCCCAAGCAAAGGAGAAUGUCUGUGAGAAGCUUUUACUGGGUUAUGGUGAAUCCUAUGAUCGAGGAGGGUGAUCGCGGCCCAUCAGAGAUGACCGCGUCCCUCGGCUUCGGCGGCGACAGUGGCGGCGACGGCGUCAACCCGCCCCCCAACGCCACACGCCGUCCCUCCGACGUCUACACAGUCUCAGUGACGGGAUACGACAACAAGGGGUACAAGAGCGAUGGCGCCAAUGGCGACCCCAAGAAACCACCCCGAGGAGAGAUCUCCGACGAGGAGGCCUUCCAGCAGGGCAAGUUCAAGAUGUCCACCAAGGAGAAGUGGCGGAUAUUGAAGAACGUGUCCGCCAUUUCGUGUGCCUUCAUGAUCCAGUUCACUGCCUUCCAGGGCACAGCCAACUUACAAAGCAGCAUCAACGCCACCGACGGUCUAGGCACCGUUUCCCUGAGCGCCGUGUACGCUGCCCUAGUAGUCAGCUGCAUCUUCGUGCCGACCUUCCUCAUCAAGAAGCUCACCGUCAAAUGGACCUUGUGCUUCUCCCUGCUAGCCUACGCUCCCUACAUCGGGGCGCAGUUCUACCCCCGUUUCUACACCCUGGUGCCGGCGGGGAUCCUGGUGGGCAUCGGUGCUGCCCCCAUGUGGGCGUCCAAGGCCACCUAUUUGACGCAGGUGGCCGGGGUCUACGCGAAGUUGACCGAUCAGGCUGUGGACGGUAUCAUAGUGAGGUUCUUCGGGUUCUUCUUCCUCGCUUGGCAGACGGCUGAACUGUGGGGAAACCUGAUAUCUUCGCUCGUGCUAACUAACCCUCAUGGUUCCGGAGGUCACGACAACGAAACCGUGGCAGAUUACGGGGUGUGCGGUGCCAAUUUUUGCGUCAGUACCAUCAAUAGUAACGGCAACUUAGACAGGCCGGCCGAUAAGGAGAUUUACGAAAUUUCCAUCAUCUAUUUGGGAUGUAUCGUGGCUGCCGUCAUCCUCAUCGCUCUAGUCGUAGAUCCACUGUCAAGGUAUGGUGAAAAACAAGGAUCAGGCAGAAGGAACAGUCAAGUUGAACUCACGCCUAUCCAGCUUCUUUCGGCUACAGCAUAUCAGCUGAAGAAACCAUACCAGCAACUACUCAUUCCUAUCACAGUAUGGAUUGGCAUGGAGCAAGCCUUCAUCGGCGCCGACUUCACACAGGCGUACGUCUCGUGCGCCCUGGGCAUCCCGCAGGUCGGCUACGUCAUGAUCUGCUUCGGCUGCGUGAACGCCGUCUGCAGCCUGCUGUUCGGCUCGAUCAUGAAGUACAUCGGCAGGGCGCCCAUCAUGGGCCUGGGCGUGCUGGUGCACGCUGGGCUGCAGACGUGGAUGCUGCUGUGGCGGCCGCACCCCAACACGCCCUUCAAGUUCUUCGUGGCGGCGGGGUUGUGGGGCGUGGGCGAUGCCGUCUGGCAGACGCAGGUUAACGGUCUGUACGGCACGCUCUUCCGCCGCAACAAAGAAGCCGCCUUCUCCAACUACCGUCUGUGGGAGAGCGUCGGCUUCGUCAUAGCCUACGCGUACUCCACGCACCUGUGCGCGCGCAUGAAGCUCUACGUCCAGCUGUCCAUGCUGCUGGCCGGCUUCUUGCUGUACGUGGCUGUGGAGGUGCACCACCUGCACAAGAUCCGCAGGCAAAAGGAGCGCGAGAGGCGGGCGAAGGCGGCCGAGGCCAACAAAGCGGCGGCAGCGGCGCAGGCGGCGGCAACGGCGCCCGAGCCGGAGGAGACGGACGAUGAGAAGGACGAUAUCGACGACGAGAUCAUCGUCACGCAUUUAUGAGGUCGAGGUUUCCUCGAAUGAUCUCCAUGUGAAAAUAGAUGCACCAUCUUCAAGAUGGUAGGAACCAGAAUAGAUAUUAUAUGUAGAAACAUUUGUUUUUCAAAUUCAGUAGUGAAUAGAUCAGUAUUUGCCAAAUUCGUUUACUGGUAAUGCACUAUCCAUAUAGUGUACAUAUAUUUUCACAAAUAUCAUACUAUUCAUUACCUACGUGUCCGUGAUAUUUUAAAAGAAUAUUGAUCAAACUCAGUAUAAUGUAGAUAAACUUUCCACGAUGCUUGAAACAUCAAUAUUUAUGAAAGUAUUCUCAUUACCUAGAAGACAUAUUUUAGUAAUAAAUAUAUAAUGUUGUGUAGUCAGCUGUGAUUUCAAUUUUUGUAAUAGAAAUGAAUUUGCACUCUCGAAAUUUUGUUUUGUUCGUUGAACUAAUCGUGUUUUUCAAAAAGAAUUAGUUCCACGUCACCAAUCAUCACAUAGUUUAAUUUUUGAAUUAUGAAUAGAACAUCAAACAUAUCCAAUAUGUUCAUGAGUUAGCCCUCAGCUUUCUUCGAUUUUAUCAUUUAUAUGUACUUAUAUCAAGGCAAUCAGUAUCAAGAUUUUCAUAUGACCGUUCCUUCUUUCAUGAGAUAUUCAAACAUUUUAUUUUGGACAUCUUUUGGAAUACCAUGAAUUGUGUUAUACGUUAUUUAUAUUAUUUUAUUUUAUUGAUUAUUUCGAAUGAAAAGCUGUACAGUAUACAUAAAUAGAUUUAAAUGAUUGUCAGUAGGUUGUAUGAUAUAGAAAUUAAGUAUGAAGAUUGUAAAUUCACUCAGUAUUCUAUAAAUGAGUAGUAGGUACUAAUAAAAUUACUAAGAUAC